AUGGCGUCGCACAACCGAUCGAGGUCCCCGUCGACCCCUUCUGAGGGUGAGAUCAUCGAAUCAGGUUCGGAGACGAAGGCAACUGCGUCAAAACCUCCUCUUAAUGGCACCAGCGUUGACCGUCCCCCCAGAGUUAGUACUUCGUCUGCGCCCAGACCUCCCGCGUCUCUGAGAGGCAGUAGAUCGCCGCGCCGACGCAGGUCAUGGACGAGAUCCCGCUCGAGAUCCCGAUCCCGAUCGCGCUCGCCAUACCGGGACAACCGAGGCUACAAGCGCAGACGUGACGAUGUGUAUGAUGAGCACGAGAGCCGGCCCGCCCGGCACGAACCAUCGCAACGUUUCGGGUCGAGAUACGACGAUAGACAAUAUGAGCGAGGCGCCCCUCCCCGUCGACAGAAAAUGUACCACGACUAUGACCGCGAGGAAAGCUAUGGCGGAGGUUUGCGGUACACUGAUGACUACGACCGACGCAAGGACAAGCGAGCGCGUACUCACAGCCGCUCCCCCUAUCGUGAAGUGAGAAAGCCAAAGCAGUACGACGAUCCGGAUCCUCCGGUGGAUACCAGGCAUGGGCCAUCCACUGAACAGGUAGUGAACGAACGAGGAAAGACUCCAGCUGUCGCUCGUUAUUCCAAGCUUGGUGCUGAAACACGAAAGAAUCAGGUGCAGCAGGCUCCCCCAAAACGUGCCCAUUUCUCCGAUGAAGCAGAUACUCUUAUGUCAGAACCAGUAUCAGAAUCGCAGCCAUCCGAGCCGAUGGACGAAGCAGCUGCUCUGGAGGCUCGUCGUAAGCGCCGCGAGGCCAUUCGAGCGAAGUACCGAAGCCAAGCAACUCCCAUGCAUCUUAAGGCUCUUCACAUUCCCGACGGCGAGACAGAUUCAUCGACCAAUGGCACAGAGCUGACAAGUGCUAAAGAUACGUCGGAAUCCCCACAGCUUUCGCCAGCACAGACGCCAAGUGAGCAAAUGGGAGACACACUUCCUGAUUUCAAAAUUGGCCAAGAUGCCGACUUGGCCAAUUUCAGUGCUCCCGAAGACGGAGCGGAGAAAGAUGAGCCCUCUGCCGCAGAUUACAAUCCAAUGUUUGACACGAAGGAGGAAAGACUAAAGCUUGAUGGUGCUCAAAGUACAAGGGAGGAUAUCUCAUCUGCUGCGUAUGAUGAAACCAAAACGGCAAAGCAGGACAUUCUUCUCCCCGAUGCUGCCCUUCCGCAAAAAUCGAAAGACCCUUACGACAUGUUUGCAGAGGACGCCGAUGACGAUAUGUUUGCUGAAGACACGACGAACGAGCAGCCCACUCAUGCUUCGGCCACAGCUGUGCCUCAACCUCAGGAACUAGACAUAAGUAUGAUGGACAACUGGGAUGACCCGGAAGGCUACUACAAUGUUCGGCUUGGCGAGUUAAUCAACGGCCGCUACCAUGUCCAGCAAAAUCUCGGCAAGGGCAUGUUCUCCUCUGUGGUGCGGGCCAGCGAUUCGACUACCGGAACCCUAGUCGCCAUCAAGAUCAUUCGUCAAAACGAUACCAUGCGUAAGGCUGGCAUGAAAGAGAUCGGAAUCCUGGAGCAGCUGCACGAGGCUGACCCAGAUGACAAGAAACAUGUCAUCAAAUUUAUACGCCACUUCGAACACAAGGGCCAUCUGUGUAUGGUGUUCGAGAACCUGAGCAUGAACCUUCGCGAGGUGCUGAAGAAAUUUGGCCGCGAUGUCGGGCUGAACCUGCGUGCCAUCCGCGCCUACGCUCAACAGAUGUUCCUGGGUCUCAGUCUGCUGCGCAAGUGUAACAUCCUGCAUGCAGACCUCAAGCCCGACAAUCUCCUCGUUAACGAGCAGCGGAACAUCCUCAAAGUCUGUGACUUGGGGUCCGCAUCUCCCGCCUCUGAGAAUGAGAUCACCCCCUACCUGGUUAGCCGCUUCUACCGAGCUCCGGAAAUUAUCCUCGGCAUCCCGUACGAUUAUGCCAUCGACGUGUGGUCCAUCGGUUGCACCCUCUUCGAGCUGUACACGGGAAAGAUCCUCUUCACGGGUCGCAACAACAACCAAAUGCUCAAAUCCAUCAUGGAGUGCCGUGGCAAAUACCCGCCUAAGGUCCUCCGUCGCGGAUCCCUGUCACACCUGCACUUCGACGACAUGCUCAAUUUCCAUAGCCUUGAAGAAGACAAGCUCACCGGCCGCCCCGUGACCCGCGUUAUGGAUUUCAAAAAGCCGACCCGGGAUCUCAAGACGCGCUUGAUGGGCAAGGGGACUCGGGGUAUGUCGGAUGUCGACGCCAAGGAUUUGGCCCUUUUUGUGGACUUUCUCGACCGCUGCCUGAGUCUGAAUCCCGAGAAGCGGUGCACGCCAACUGAGGCGCUGAAACAUCCUUUCUUGACGCGAAAAUAG